UGAAGGUGGUUCAUAAUAACGUCUUUAGAAUGUCAAAGUGGAGUGUUAUUUUGCUCUUCAUUGGGCUGUUCGUGGUUAGUGAUGGAUCUCCGCUGUCCCAUGAAAGCUCUGAUUCGGACGAAGUAGAUACAACGGGCCAUUCGACUUUUACGAUCAACCUAAUAAAAAAAUGCAAAAAAAACACUGGCUCCAACGCCGCAUUCUGGGCAGUAAUGGAAUCGGCAGAGAAAACUUCAAUAUGUCUGUCCGAGUUCAAUAUAAAAGCACACAGUUUUAAAACCGAUUUUGAUCACAUGACAAACGCAACACGAACAGCAUUCUUCAAGAAAUAUUGUUCUGAAGGGCGAUUGCUGUUCUCGUGCUUUGAUGACGUGCAGGCUCAUUUGAGACCAUGUCUCGGAGAGCGUGACUUAAAAAUUUUGAACGUCACACAGACUGUCUUUCCAGAAACCCUGGACUAUGUGUGUAAAAACGAUGGAGAAAUAAUAUACAAACUGAAAGACCAGACACGCUACGAAUGCUUCACGCAGAAGUUUGAUCAAGUGUUUGAGUGUGCCAGAAACGGCGAAACGGGUGUGUUUUACGGAUGGGAUAUUUUCGAACUGACACAGGAUCAAUGCAGCAUACUUAUGGCCUUCAGGGAGUGUUUGAAGAACACAAUGGACACUUGUGACUUGUCAGACGUUGUAAGCCUCUAUGAUAUGAUCGUAAAUCCGAUAUUGCGCUUAUCGCUUUGUGCCAACAGUACCGAGAAACCGAAGGACGAAACGCAUCAGGAAAACUCCACUGAUGAGGUUUUAAACAGAGAGUAA